AUGGCUACAUUCCCGUUCUCUCCAUCCUUUAUGUUCGACUUCGAACUAACCCUAAUCCUCGGAUCUGCCUCCAGCAGCGGCUGCGAGGUCGGCGAGUUCAAGUCUGCCGUCGACAAGAUCAAGAGACACGACCCCGAAUCAUGGCACGCAGCAUGGAAUGAACAAGGUGAACGAGCCGAGCGUAUCGGCGACGAGACAGCCGUCGCAGGGUUCCGUGUACCAGCACGCAAUGCCUACCUUCGUGCCUCAAACUACUUCCGCGCAUCCGCGUACAUGUUUCCAAACGAGGAGCCGCGGGUGAUUCCCUUUUCGGAGCGUUCAAUCAAGAACUUUCAGCGCGCGGCUGAGCUGAUGGAUGGGGAGGUUGUCUUCGCCGAGAUCCCUUAUGAAGAUGGAGCGACACUCACAGGAUGGUUGUGUAUGCCGCCCACGCAAGCCAAAGUCGCUGGCAAGACGCCGGUGAUACUAUAUGCUGGUGGGGCGGAUGCUACCAAGGAAGAACUCUACUUUUUGUAUGGACAUACGGGUCCGCAGCUUGGCUAUGCUGUGCUCUGUCUAGAGGGCCCGGGUCAGGGUAUGCUUCUGAAGCCUAGGAUACCUCUCCGGCCAGACUUUGAGGUAAUUGCGGAUUAUGUCUUGAAUUAUUUCGUCGACCUUGCGGAUUCCCGACCUGAGUUGGACUUGGACCUAGACAGAAUCGCCGUAGCGGGUGCUGCAACUGGCGGCUACUUUGCGCUUCGUGCGGCGACGGAUGCACGAGUCAAGGCGUGUGUGGCUGUUGAUCCGUUCUUCAGUCUGUGA